UGGGGUCGCAAGCUCCGUUUGGAAGGGAGUCGGAAGAGAUUGACCACCCCGGGGACGCAACACCUUGAGGACCUAGCAUUGCAGGAACGCAACACGCGGGGACGGCACAGAGACAGCACCAAACCGGGUGAAGCACAGAGUCCUUCAUCAUGUCGGAUGGGGAUUAUGAUUACCUCAUCAAGUUUUUGGCCUUGGGAGACUCUGGAGUGGGGAAGACCAGUGUGCUUUACCAGUAUACAGAUGGGAAAUUCAACUCCAAAUUCAUCACCACAGUGGGCAUUGAUUUCAGAGAAAAGAGAGUGGUGUACAGAGCUAAUGGGCCAGAUGGAGCUGUGGGCCGAGGCCAGAGAAUCCACCUGCAGUUAUGGGACACGGCGGGCCAGGAGAGGUUUCGUAGCUUGACCACUGCGUUCUUCAGGGAUGCUAUGGGUUUCCUGCUACUGUUUGACCUGACGAACGAGCAAAGUUUCCUCAAUGUCCGAAACUGGAUAAGUCAGCUACAAAUGCAUGCGUACUGUGAAAACCCAGAUAUAGUGCUGUGUGGAAAUAAGAGUGACCUGGAAGACCAGAGGGCAGUGAAAGAGGAGGAGGCCAGGGAACUCGCGGAGAAAUAUGGCAUUCCCUAUUUUGAAACUAGUGCUGCCAACGGGACGAACAUAAGCCAAGCAAUUGAGAUGCUCCUGGACCUGAUCAUGAAGCGGAUGGAACGGUGUGUGGACAAGUCCUGGAUUCCAGAAGGUGUGGUGCGCUCCAACGGCCACACUUCUGCAGAUCAGCUAAGUGAGGAAAAGGAGAAGGGGAUUUGCAGCUGCUGAGGCACCAGGUGCCGCGCCCACGGCAGCCGCACAGGCUCCUGCUUGUGAGCUGGCGGUAGACAUGCAGCCAGCUUGCUGAGAUGAACACUGCACCGAAUGCCGAUUGCUUCUCCGUCUCCAGCAGACAUUGUUAACUCAGCAUCCAUUUGUAACUUGUUGCAGCUUUAUGUAUCCAAGAAUUGGGAGAACUAUUUCACAGAGCCAAAAGUGCCUUGUAAAGCCCAAGCCCAUGGUGCCAGGUCAUUUGGGGGUUCAAGAUUUUGCAUCCAGGAAAUGUUGCAUCUGUUUUUGUAGACUGCUCAUGGUACUGUCACCUGCUGUAACAGAUAGACCUGGAGUCUCAUUAGAGUCUCAGUAAAGACAUUAGGAUCUUUGAGCAAUGAAAGGCCAUCAUGGUCUUGAGAAUCCAGAUUUUAAAUUCCAUACCAUAGUUGGCCACUUAGAACAUCACUCACAAACACUUGAAUGCUAAUAUUAUGCACACAUUGCAUCAGUGUCUUUCAGCAUUACCUUUAAUGUAAGCCUUCCCUUUGACAUGUAGAUUGGGUUGACUAUGGCUUUGGUGGUGGUGGGAAGGUUUGCAGGGCAGGGGCGGGUGAAGUAGUGAAGCAGGUGAAGUCAGAUUUUUCUGGCUCUUGGCUUCAGGGUCAUAGAGACCCAGGUGUUUAUGACCGGUCUGUUGGUUCAGUCCACAUUGGAGCAUAGCAGGUACUUCUGCUGUGUGCAUGGUAAGAAAGAUUUCUCUUUUUUUCCUUCAUAUUUAUGGUUUUUCUGGCACCUUCAGGCUGCAUUUUCAAUUCCUUUGUAGACUACUAAUCUGACUUUACCAUCAGGCUGGGUGUUAUUGCUAUUUCCCAGUUUGUUUAUUUGCUAUCUGGAGGGAGAGCAAUGUCUGUAUUUAAGCUGCCACAUGUGUAUGCUAGUUUAAGAAAAGUGUUUUAUAGCCUGUACUUUCACUGGUGAUGUGGGCAUUUUACGUACUUGUGUUAUCUUGUCAAGAUCAUGUGUUGUGCUAUAUUGUCUCAGUCAUGCCCAAAAAGGGUGACUUAAAAUGUUCUUUGUAGGCAGAGACAGGAGGAUUUCUGUGAGUUCAAAGCCAGCCUGGUCUACAGAGUGAGUUCCAGGACAGGCUCCAAAACAAUGCAGAGAAAUCCUGUCUCAAAAAAAAACAAAAAACAAAAAAUAAAUAAAUAAAUAAAUAAAAUGUUCUCUAUAAAAUCUAUUUCUUCAGACCUAAGAUGUCUCAUUCAGAGCAAAAGUCUUUUAAAAUGGCUUAAAGAAAGUAAGCCAAAAUUUCCAAAGAACUUCACCAAGAGAAAAAAAAACACAUUUUUUUUUCUUUUUUGGAGACAGGAUUUCUCUGUAUUGUUUUGGAGGCU